UAAGAAGUACUUUAUUGUAUCAAUAAAAAGAAAACUAAGGAUUGGCGUUUUAUGUCUACAAUUACCAAUUUUCAAACCAUCGAUCCUUUUCUUGAUAUUGUUGAUGAUGAUACACAUACUCAGAACUACAUUCAUAUUCGUAUUCAACAACGUAAUGGGCGUAAGACUCUUACAACAGUGCAGGGACUUCCUGUAGAAUAUGACCAAAAACGUAUUCUUAAAGUUUUAAAAAAGGAUUUUGCGUGCAAUGGUACUAUUGUUAAAGAUGGUGAAAUGGGCGAUGUUAUCCAACUUCAAGGAGAUCAACGUCUUAAGGUUAUGGAGUUUUUAACUUCUCAGUUGCCUAUUCAAAAAAAGCUGGUUAAAAUUCAUGGAUUUUAAAAAUACCAGAUAUCUGGUUAGUGUAUCUAUCCGCUGCUUGACAUACG